CUUUGCAGCAUAUUUAUACCACAGAUAGAAGAUUCAAGUUUUCUGAAAUUUAUAAAUAGAAAAUUUGUCCAUUCAUUGACAAAUAUUUAAAAAUGAAAUAUUUUCCAGAAAUCACAAAACAAAAAGUCAAAGUAUACCUGAGCAAGUGUAAGUGAAGGAACAGCAUAAAAUACAUUAAUCGCCGACCAUGCAACUGAGAUGGAAAAACAGAGUUAACUCAGUGUUGAAUAAUUUAUUAAGAGAACCGAUGAAGGUGCUGAGAUUGAACUGGAAUAAAAUAAAAAUAAAGUACUUUUAUUGAAACUUUUGUAAAUGCGCUAGUGUAAAUACAUCUCUCACUCACUCUCUGUCUCUAUCUCUCUCUCUCUCUCGCAUGAAGUAUUCCGAGAAGCUGUGUUAAAAGAAAAAAGUUGAAUUUUCUUAGAUAUCUAUGAUAUUAUCUUAGUGCUAUAAUACUACUAAUCGUGAUAUGAUUUAAACUUUGGUGUUGCUAAUUUCUAAAUACAAAUGUUUUUAAUACACUAGCAUCUAAUACAGCUGUAAAUUAAGACUUCUAAAGCUAUUCGAUUGAUUGAAAAAAACCAUCAAACUUAUAUACUUACAAUGUAAAGACUGUUCUUCUUCAACGACUUUCUUUCAACAAAUUGACGUUGAAAAAGAUGAAAUAGCUACGUUGUUUACUAAUACCAGUAAAAUUUAUGGCUUCACUCCCACCAGUGCACCACUAGAAUAAUGCUGCUGCUCGCCACUGCCUGCAUGUUUACACUCUACAGCUACACUGACAAUACGCACUACUGCAGUGCUGCCAAACUGUGUCAGAAAAAGAGGGCCCUCAUCAACAUGUGUGGGAAUUCUGAGAAUUCAGCUUUGUCUAAUAAAAUUUGGCGCGUAAAGCAUCUAUAGUCAGUAUAUAGGUUCAGUGGCCGACAUUCAUUUUUGCCUGUGGACAGAAUCCACGGAAUCAAUUGCAGAUUCCGCCGACGGUCGAUUCUGUCCACUGACAGAAUCGACCGUUGGAAAAGGUUCAAGCAACGAGUAUAAUCGCCUAUCUUCGUUGAUACAAGUAUUAACGAACAGUGUUUGUUGUUUUAUAUAAUUCAUUCAAGACAACCGUGGACGACCAAUAACAAUCUAUGAACUGCGCAUGUAACCUUUUUGGUGUCAGGUAAGGGGAUUAAGCUACUGUAAAUCCACUAUUUCCCAAAAAACUUUUUCAAUGAAAAAUUGAGCCAACAAGUGAAAAAGCAAGGACUGCAGAUUGUACCACAUUGAGUUUGAGAAGAGCUAAGCUCGCAUUAACACCAACAUCUAUGAAUUGUUCAAUGAAUCUAGUGUCAUAAAUAAUAUUGGCUAUGAUCAUAUGGCUGAAAGUAGUAUUGGUGAUGCUAUAGCUAGUGUACGUAGGUAUACUGAAUCUAUAUACUAUGACGAUUCCGAAGAUGACAGCAUUGGCACAGGGGAUGUUACCCACUUUAUACGUAAUUGGCGGCAAUCGUCAAUAUCACUGUAUACUGAUAGUGAUAACGUAGAACAUAGUAUUGGAAAUGAGCCAGUCGAUAUAAACACAUCUAACAUGGGAUCAUAUAUCCACAAGGAUUAUCCGUCUCCUGAGAAUAUUGAAGAUCAGUUAUUCAAUUAUACCGAUACAGACGAAGACGAAGAAGAUUAUGAAGAUUAUCACCUAUAUAAUCAAGAAGAACAAGAAAGCGUUAAUCAGUUUGAAAAAUUAACAGACUUUUUAACAAAAGAUGAAUCGAAUGAAACAAUUGAUUCACAUUUGGUUGUAAAUGUAACAGAAAUAAUCAUAGCUGUUAUAGUAUUUAGCAAAACCUAUUCUCUUCCUCAUAGUGGAGUUGCCGAUCUGUUUAAAAUGAUCAAUUCAUUUUUAGAUAAGCCUGCACUGCCAGAAACGCGUUAUAAAAUCGACAAGCUAUUUUAUCCAAAAACAGGACAAGAAUAUCAUUCAGUCUGCCCUACUUGCAGGUGUUAUGUAGGUGUUUUUAAUCAUAAUAUACGAACAUUGUAUUGUGAUGUAUGUCAAAAAAAUAUUAACUUGAAAGAUCCAUCCUACAGAGAUUUUUUUGUAAACAUCGAUCCCGAAAAUGAUAUAAAGUAUCUUAUAGAAAAUAAUGCAGAUUAUUACUCUAAAAUCAUCGCUGAAAAUAAUCAAGCAAACACUGUUAUGGAAGACAUUCAUCAUGGAAAAAAAUACCAACAAUUCGUAGCAUCGCUUUUGCCAGAACAUAAGAAAUCUUACGUUAGUUUGACUUUCAAUAUGGAUCACCAUUGUUUAAAUGCUCAAAAUUUUCGGUAUGGCCGAUCCAGACAAUGAUAAAUGAAUUUCCACUGCGUGUUCGAACCAAAAAUACAAUUAUUUGUUCUAUUUGGUUUGGCCAUAAUAAGCCAAAAAUUACCUAUUUUUUACAACCAUUUGCUCGUGAAAUGAAUGAUUUAGCAAGAAAUGGAAUAGAAUGCAAACUUGAUGGAGAAACAAAAAAACUCUACGUGUAUUGCAUAUGUUCUUGUGACGACUCAGUCGCACGUGCCCCAAUGCAAGGCAUUUCUCUAUUUAACGGUUUUUAUGGUUGUUCAUGGUGCUUGCAUCCGGGUGUACGAGUUUUACAUAAAACUGGAUUUGCUACGAAAUAUCCACUGUUAGAUGAAGUUCCUAAACUUAGAACUGCUCAUGAAACUUUUGAGAAUAUGCAAGCUGCCUUAACUUCUAGAAAACCAGUCUACGGUAUUAAAAAUGCAACACCUUCAAUUUAUCUAAACAGAUAUGAUGUUAUUCAUGGUUUUGUGCCUGACUCUCUGCAUUGCAUCGACAAAGGAAUUGGGCCUUAGUUUUGUGAUUAUUGGUUUCAUUCAACUGGUAAGCCUUAUUCUUUUGCAAAACAUUACAUUGAUGCUAUCGAUGAGUGUAUAAAAAGUUUAAAAGUACCUACACAAAUAGCACGUUUGUCUCGCUCGAUCAAGGAUCGGAAAUUCUGGAAAGCAUCGGAGUGGUCUAACUUUAUUUUAUUUUAUAGUGUACCAGUAUUGUCUAACAUUAUCCCAGGCUUUGAAAAAUAUAUACAACAUUGGUCACUACUCGUCGAAGGUUAUCAUUUGUUACUGAAAACCAAAGUGAGCUUAACAGAUAUUGGAAUAGCACACAAGUUGUUCAAAAGGUUCAUUUGUUUAACACAACUGCUUUACGGAGAGGAUGCUAUGAGCUACAACGUACACCAGCUCUGGCAUGUUACCCAAAGUGCAGCACAUUGGGGACCGUUAUUCGUGCAUUGGGGUUACGGUUUCGAGUCCGGAAACGGUAGAAUAAUUCAAACAGUUCAUGCUCAAAAGGCGUAAUAAAUCAAAUUUGCAGAAGUUUUUGUUUAAAUCUAAGUAUUCUGAUAUUAGAAAAACAUCUUGCUCAAAAUGAAUAUUCAUCUAUCAGCAAUUAUAUAAACUAUUUACAAAAUAAAGACGAUGUACAGAUAACAAAAAUAGGAAGACAAGUAGAUAUUUUGGAAACCCAAAAAAUGUUAAACAGGAAUAUUUAACGCUUUUAAAUAGACGAAACAAUGAAUUACAAGCUUUUAAUAAAAUGGUUAAAAAUGGAUGUAUAUUCAAAGCAAGUGAAAAUUAUAGGUCUGAUAAUAGAUUUGCAAUUUUAACUGAUAACACUUUCAUUAAAAUAGAAAAAUUCUUAGUUGAUACAGUUACUCAAAAAGAAUGGACUAUUUACAAAAAAUUAUUCGUUGGAAACUCAGCAAUUACUGAAGAAUUACAUUCGAUGAAGAAAAUUCAUUACAUAGAGCAAUAUCCUGAAUUUACUGAAACUGACAAUAUUGAAAGAGUAUGCGUCCACAUUAAUAUUACCGACAAUGAAUAUAUUUUACCUUUGCAGAAUAUGUAUUCAAAAUAGAAAGUAAUACUUAGAUUUUAAACUAAAUGUAUUUUUAAUCAUCAAUUUAGGCUGUAUACUCUGCAUGUGGCUAAAAUUUAUUUGUUUUUUAGCUUAUCUUCGAAAGUUUUCAAAUAUUUCAUAUUUCUAUGUACAUAGAUAAUAUGUAUUGUUUAAAAAAUUGACGAUUAAUUAUAUUUAUAAUACGUAUUCAUGACCAUUUUAAAUCCAUCUAUGAAAGACUCAUCAAUUGAAAGAAAUUCUUACUUGACGGAAGAAAUCAAUGCUUAUAUUCAGAGUAUGCGCAAAAAAGUCAACGUGCAGUUAUUAUUAGAUUUAAGUACAAAUCGUACUUUAACAUUUUUUUUUCUUUUAGUAAUAGUUGUUCCUCUUUAGUCUAUUCACAGUCGAUAUUUAUAUUUCAAAUGUUUUUUAUAAUGUAAAAUAAUCAUCUAUGUGGCUACUCAUUAUUUUAAUCACUUGACCGUUGUCAAGAUUAUUUUUCUAAUAGAAAAAUAAUAUAAUGCGGAUUAUUUUUUUCUUUUUAUUCAACUACAAUUAUUCAAAAUAUUGUUAAAAAAGGUAUAUUCCUCUCUAAAUUACAAAUCGAAAGAUAGUUUAAUGAUACUUCAAGACUAAUGUAUGAUUCGUUCAUGUGUGAUAUUAAUGUGAUCAUAAAAAUACAGAAUUAUCUUUGAAAAGUAUUUUCAAUAUGUUUAA